GUACCGUUGGUAAGUUUGGGAAACAGAGCGUGUUUUGGCUGAUAUACCUAAAAUGUCUCCGAUUAAGGACUUAUGUCUGGCUUGUGAAGCUAUCAACGAAGAAGCAACUUUUUCUGAAGGAGACACUGUCGCAGGCACACUCACUUUCACUUUGAAGAAAGAAACCAAAGUGAAGAGUGUGAUGGUGAAAGCCAAAGGGGACGCGAACGUAUCCUGGUCAGAAGGCAGCGGAGACGACCGGAGAUCUUACACCGACCACAGGAGAUACUUUAAACUAAAAGAGUACUUAGUUGCAGAAAAUUCCGAAGGCAGUGUUCUUCCCCAAGGAGUCCAUUGCUUUAAGUUCAGGUUUCAAAUUCCACAGGGAGAUAUGCCAUCAUCCUUCAAGGGGUUUCAUGGAAGGAUUGUCUACAUGCUUGAAGCCAAGGUGUCCAGGGGCUGGCUGAGGCGUUCUCGAGUACAAACAGAGUUCAAUUUUGUUUCAAAGUCCUUUCCACACCUUGGCCAUGUAAUGUGUCCCCAGUCUGGUUCAGUGGCUAAAGAAAUCGGGGUUUUCUCCAAAGAAUAGGUCCAACUGUCUGCUACCGUCAACACAAAGGUUUGCUCUCCAGGUGACACUGUAUCUGUUGAUGCCAAGAUUUGCAACUCUUCUUCCAAAAAAGUGAAGCCCAAAUUCAGUUUACAGCAGGAAACAGUGUACCGCGCCAGUGGCUCCACCAAUUCUAGUGACCAAACUCUAUGCAAAAUAGUUGGAGAGACUAUCGCACUGAACUCAGAGGAAACUGUCUCCUGCCAAUUGAAGAUUCCUGCCGAUGCCAUUCCCACACUCCAUCAUUGUGAAAUCAUCUCAGUUGACCAUUACCUCAAGGUGUAUUUGGACAUCAGUUUUGCCACUGACCCAGAGGUGGUGUUUCCACUGGUCAUCGUUCCUUCCAGCUUUGCCCACCCUUACCCUGGUGAGGCUGUGGGGCCUUACCCAGCUGGGGCCCCAAGUUACAGCGACUUCCCUCCCCCUGCUUUCCCUAUUGGUCCUCAUCCUGUACCUGCAGGUCCAGGUGCUUAUGGUUACCCAGCAACGGAUCACACUCAAAAUGGUAUUUUGUAUUCAUGAAACAGCAAAAUUUCAAAGUGGCUCAUUUGGUGCAUAUUUUUCAAUGUAGCUCUUAGU